AUCUUCGAAUCUUAGCUAAAAACUCGUCUCGUAAGACCCUGAAGCCCAAGCAUAAAGUACCUGGUGGCAAAGAAAUAGCGUUUUCUCCGGUACCGGCAUGUGGAGGUACGCCGGAAGCCGCUUUCGCAGGGACUACAUCGACGUGUGAUCUCGAUUUGGUUGAUGUUAUUAAAGAAAAGAAAGAAUCUAGUGGUUGUGGGCAAGAGAAAGUUUCGAGUCCAAAGAACAGAGCAUUUGCAGUAUCCGAGCCGGAUCAGAUGAAGCGAAGUCAUCUUCGCGUUUUGUGCUUAUUCUGGUUCUGUGUGAAUCUGCUUUACUACGGUUUGAGUUUCAGUGUUGAGCAGUUAGUGACGAUCUCUCCUGCAGGUGAGGACGCUGCGAGUUCCAGGUCCAGUAUAGAAGAGCAAGGACCAAGGAAAUUACCAUCCUCUCGACCUACACCAGGACAGCGAGGAGACGUAGCCGACAUCUACAUCUUAUCCGCGUUGCUUGGUUCCGUGGAGUUCCCAGCGAUUUAUCUGGUCGCAAAGAGUAUGAACUCCGUAAGAUUUGGCAGGCGUCUGAGUUCUGUGCUCUUCUGGCUAGUGGCGGGUCUUGCUUGUCUGGCGAGUAGUGCGUUCUUGACGAAUGAGGACCUCCUAGUUGUACCCAGUGCAAGUAGGGCGUUAGUGUUGAUGAAACACAGACAGCUAGGGAAAAACACUGAAUUAGCAGGGACGAUUACAGCAGAGGAUCAAGGUGGACACUCAAGCUCUUCAGGUUCAGCAGAGGAAACCUUUACUCUUUAUUCGCUUUGGGGCUGCCUUCUUAUCGGCAAGAUGUGCAUGACGGCUCAGUUUGCACUACUCUACGUUUGGGGGAGUGAAGUUUUUCACACCUCUCACCGAAGUACAGCGAUGGCGUGGCAGAGCGCCUCAGCGAGAGUUUCGGGAGUCUGCCUACACCCCUUAUUGUCGCUGCUGGAUUUAAGCGGCACAAUGGUGUUGUUUUUAUGAAACAGGUUGUCGUAUGGCUGUUACUGCUUCAAAAGACAGAAGAUUGAAGUUCAUGUUAAUUUAGUUCUAGAAGUUGUAAGAAAAUAAAGAUGCACCGACCACUUCUAACCUUCGCCGCUGCGGGUUUGGUGUGCAGUAUGCUUUGUGCACUCAGGGUCUUGCCUGAAACGCGAGGAAAGGCUUUAGACGAGACACUAGUAGAACAUGACAAAGAGAUGUCACCAUUGAAAGUUGUACAUCGCACACGCAACAAGUCAAAACCUUUGGAACAAGAGCCUGAGUAAAACAAAAAUAGUUUUCCAUUUGCCGAACUAGGCAAAAUGGACACACCACAUGUCGUCA